CGGACUGUUGUCUCAACCAUUAUUUCUUUUUAUUUUCCCCUUGUCACCUCGUUUCACACUCUCAAUUCCAAAAGAGAUGACAAAAAACUUUCUGAUUACAAACACAACGAAAGUGAUCUCAAAAAGAAAUUGACACGCAGUUCGAUGAUCUCAAAACGAAAUUGCCCAAAUUACAAAAAGUGUUAUCCAAAACGUUUUCUUCAGAAGAAAUUUGACAAGCUGAUUUUCAAUCUCAACUCAUCAAUUGGCGAAAUGACGUUUCAAAUUGUCCAAAAUUUCAAAAUUGCAGAAACGAAAGAUUGCCUCCAACAACAACUCAAAAGUCAAGAAACCGAAAUUGUCAAAAUGCUUCUUCAACACAAUGCAAUAGAAAUGACUCCAAAGAAUUUUGAGAUCAUUUCCGUUUUUGUAAUUAGGCGGCUCUUUAACAAAAUUGGCAAUGACUUUUACAACGCCAACGACAAUCCCCACAUCAAAGCCACAAUCACAAAACUAAAAAGUGACAAUUCCUCUCUUAAUUUAAGUGGACUAUCUGAUCUGCUCAACAACGAAAAACUCAACGAGUUGAUUGAAAGAAAUACAACUCUCAACGAGAACAAUCCAUACGAUUUCCUUGUCCAUUUAUCAGAUUUUCUUGGAAAGGUUCAACAAGUGAUUGAUAUUAAUGGGGACAACGUCAUUGGUGUUGUUGUUGUCUACUUACUCAAAUUGAAUGCACGUGAUAUAGAAAAGAUGAUUGUGUUCACACAAACGAUACCAGAUAAUAUAGUUAAAGGCAAGUUGAGUUACUCGAAGACGACUUUGGAGGCUGCAAUCAAGCUUGUUUUGUUGAAUAAUUGA